AAUGCAACUGCAAUAGACUGUCCGCGUACCCACGCUUGCUGUUUGUCUCUUGACCACUACAUGCACGAAGAAUUUUCCGUACUCGUUCAAGUGGGUGUGAAGACAGCAUGCGUGUGUGUGGAACCUUAUCAUUAAGCGAUGGCGCGCAUUUAACAACUGCAGAAAUGUUUCUUCAGAUCGUGGCAGCGGUUCUAGUUGUCAUUGUUCUGUUUAGGACGACUUACAAAUACAGGACACAGCAAAACUCUGAAAAAGAUGAGCUGAGUGCGUUUCAGCUCACCUGCUCUCCUGAUGUCAUGCUUUCCAGAGCGGGAAUCAUGGUAGGGGUGACUGCCCACAAGAUCAGUAAGCAUGUCACUCUCCUCGUGAAUGACAUAGCGGCAACUCCAGCAUCCGCCAUUCCACCAGGCCAGCCCAAACCUUUGUGUCUGAUGUUGCCUUGGCUGGGCUCCAGACCACAGGCCAUUGCCAAGUAUUGUGAUAUUUACAUCCGCACCGGCUUUGAUAUACUUGUUGUGGAAAGUGAGGUGAGCCAGUUCUUAUGGCCUCGUUGGGGCCUGGAAAAUGGUGCCCGUGUGCUUGAAUUGUUAGAGAGCGAGCCCUUUUCUCAGCGCCCUCUGUUGGUCCAUGCCUUUUCCAUAGGGGGGUACACAUUCAGUCAGGUUCUUGUUCAAGUGGCUAAAGACAACCAGCGUUGCCAAAAGCUGACAAAUAGGAUCAGAGGUCACAUCUACGACAGCCUGGUCAUGGGUUCAUUGGAUCACAUGGCUGUCGGCGUUGGUAAGACCAUGUUCCCCCGGCUGGAAAGUAUCGUGAGGAGAGCUAGCCAUCUGUAUUUCCGUGCCUUUAAGAGCCAGACAGUCGAUUAUUUCAAUUUGGGAAUCAGUGUGUUCUGGAACACUCCUGUGACGACGCCUGCCCUGUUUUUCUUUUCUGAGAACGAUGCGCUGUGUGAUUAUAGGAGCGUGGAGGAAAUGGUAGAGUUUUGGAGGAAGCGGGGCAUAACUGUGGAGAGCAAGAAAUGGGAGAAGUCUAUUCAUGCGGGUCAUCUACGUACCCACCCACAGGAAUAUCUGUCAACACUGGAGAACUUUGUGCAAUCUCUCAAUAUGGUGCCUCUGAAGGCCAAAAUGUGAUUCUGCUGUCACUGUCAUUUAUUUGAUCAAAUAUCAGAUUAGCCUGAAGUGCCUGGGUUUUAUCAGUCACAAGACAUUUUUGUCUUCUUGGUUCAAGUGAUAUUUGGUCAGAUUCAGUGUUUCUUAAUCCUUAAAUUAGUGUUUUCAAAGAUAUAACACAACAAAAUGGCUUUUGGUUCAUUUUGUACAAGAUCCCAAAUCCAUCCAGAUUUCAACAGUACUGUUCAUUCAGGAAGAACUGUAUAACAUUAUUUUGUAAAUAUUUAGUAUAUAUUAUUGUUAAUAGAAGUGUUAUCUAAAAUGAAGUAACUGUGAAGAUUAUUUUUAUUAACUUGUUUGCAAAUAUGAAAAAAAACUUGCAAAUAACAAAAUCUAAUGAUAUUUAUAAAAAUAAAUGUUCCAUUUAAUCUGUG